AAAAAUAUUAUUCAUUUUGCAUUUUUGUUUGUGUGGUAGCUAUUAAUUUUGAGCCCUUUGAAGGGUAAACACUACAAAAGGUUGGAUGAAGUCGCUAGGGGGCUAUGCAACAGCCUCCUUUCUGGACUGAAAUAGAAAAGAAGGAACGACUCUAGCCAUGGUCUCUGAUAAGAAGCUUGUUCAAGAGGUAACCGGAUGGCUAAAGGUGUUUGAUGAUGGCUCUGUGGAUCGAACAUGGACUGGUCCGCCUGAGGCUAGGUUCAUGACCGAGCCUGUACCCCCACACCAUGAGUUCAAGAACGGAGUUGCCACUUCUGAUGUGAUCAUCGACCCUACUUCCGGCCUUACUGUCCGAAUUUAUCUACCGGAGAAGAAACCGGGAGAUGAGGAUAAGCUUCCCGUCCUCCUCCAUUUCCAUGGAGGUGGCUUUUGCGUAAGCCAAGCUGAUUGGUACAUCUACUACCACACUCACACCGUGCUUGCAAUCAGGGCCAGAGUCAUUUGCGUCUCUGUCUACCUCCGGCGAGCUCCGGAAAACCGGCUUCCGGCUGCUUGUGAAGAUGGUUACUCUGCUCUCCUUUGGCUUCAAUGCGUGGCAAAAGGCCAAUCGGAGCAGCCAUGGCUGCACUCUCAUGCAGAUUUCACACGUGUUUUCCUCAUUGGAGAUAGCUCAGGAGGAAACCUAGUUCACCAGGUGGCUGCAGUCGGGGGGAAGAUGCAACUGGGCCCCCUGAGACUGGCCGGAGGAGUUAUGAUCCACCCGGGCUUCGUCCGGUCCGAGAGGAGCAAGUCGGAACUACAACAAGAGGACUCUCCCUUCCUAACCCUAGAGAUGGCGGACAAGUUCUUGAAGUUGGCACUUCCGGUUGGAAGCAACAAAGAACACCCAAUUACAUGCCCAAUGGGGGCGGCAGCGCCACCGAUCAGCGAUCUGAAACUUCCACCGCUGCUGCUUUGCGUGGCGGAGAAGGACCAGCUCAUGGACACAGAGAUGGAGUACUACGAGGCCAUGAAGAAAGGUGGCAAGGACGUUGAGCUGCUGAUUAACAUGGGAGUGGGUCACAGCUUCUAUCUUGACAAGAUCGCCUUGCUCACUGACCCCCACACAGCUGCCCAAGCUGAUCAUCUCAUUGCCGGGAUCACAGAUUUCAUAAAAAACCACUGAAUCCUAAUUGCUUCUUCUCCCAAGAAGCAAUUUAAUUACAUAAACCAAAAUAAGAUUAAGUUAAUGCUGCAUUAGUGUUAUAAGUUAGUCAUAAAAGGCAUAUCGUGCUGUUCAGGCUAGCCAUCCAAACAGAUCGCAAUAUAGAGAUUCAACUGAGAAAGAAAUGGUCUUUGCUGUUAAUUAAGUAGCGUCUCUAUGAUGUUUUCAACGCCUGUGAUACUUGGUCACCGUCAUCACAGUGUGUAGCAGGCAUAUUUAGAGACAUGAUCUGUUUCCUUACUUCAAAUUGUUUUCAUCUUCGUACUUGGUGUAACUGUGACUUUUGAAAAGGAUAUGUCUAGUGUUAAGUUGUUUUCA